UGUUUUCAUCUUAUCUGAUCUUCGUGAGUGGAGUCAUUCAUAAUACGGUCACAUUUGAAGGGCCGAUCGGAUGCUCUCUUGUAGUCUGCAUACAUACAGAAUCAAUUCGUCUAUCGCGCUAUCACUCCUGAAUGCUUAAUCCGUAAUUCCAGACCCGAAAAGGCGGCGAACCGUCCUCACCGCCCGGAGAUUUGAUCCUACGCAUUCUUCGUUAUCGGACCCUUGAACUUGAAUUUCUACUAUGUCUUGCUGUCAGCUAUAGAGACAAGUGAAAUGGACUACUCGUAUCUUCCCGACACACCCUCGCAGCCAUUCUCGCUGUACGACCUCCACGGCUUACCCACGCCCGACCCGAAUCAAGCCCCUCAUGGAGCCGAUGACCUUAUUGCCGCCGCUUUGAACUACCGCAAUAAUGAACACGAUAAUAACAACAAUAAUAAUGCACCCUUUGACUUGGGAUUUGGGCUAGAUCCCAAUACACCUUUUCCCCAGCAUCAGCAACAACACCAUCAUCAUCAGAACCCGCCACCGCCACAUUCACCACCAGAAUCGCUGAAGCAGUCGUCGGAAGGUAAUCUGCAGAGUCAGAGCAGUACUGGUGUUGCGGAGAGUUUGGGUAGGAGUAGUAGUGAGGAGAAGGAUGGGGGAGUUGUGGAUCCGAAUAAGAGGAAGGCGCAGAAUCGGGCUGCUCAACGAGCCUUCCGCGAGCGAAAAGAGCGACAUGUCCGCGAUCUAGAGCAAAAGGUCAAUGACCUAGAGGGAACAUCGAGCACCCUGCACAUCGACAACGAACGCCUAAAGCAAGAACUAGCACGCUUCGCGACAGAAAACGAAAUCCUCCGCGCAACAUCCCAAAACACCCAAUCCAACUCCCCUCACAACACCCACCCCAAUCCCCCCACCGAACCAACAACAGGCCCCAUGGUCUACAAACCCCUCGACUUUAAACCCUCCUCUACCUCCACCUCUACACCCGGCGAACAAGGUACUACCGGUACACCCCGCCACCGUAGAACAACCUGCCCCCUAACCGGCGAGAAACUGCUCGAUGCGGGUGCGACCUGGGACUUUAUCCAGGAGCAUGAGCUGUUUAAGCGGGGGCUGGUGGAUAUCGCGGAUGUGCAUGCGCAAUUGAAGAAGAUUGCGCAGUGUAAUGGGCAGGGGCCGGCGUUUCCGGAGGGGGAGGUUAGGAAGGCUGUUGAGAGGUGUGCGGAGGGAGUAUAAUUUGACGUUUGUUGGGGUGUUGAUGAUGUGACCUUUUGUUUCUGUUUGAUAUUUGGGCGCUAUGGGUGGAGUUUUUGGACAGUCUAUUUCGGGUUAUGUUUAUUGGCAAUUGAGCAGACUACUGGUAUAUAUGGUGUUGGAUGGUUGUUGAUACUGUUAAAUGAGAUGGACAUGGACUUGCUUCAACAUUGAAUAUUUGUUAUAAUACAUUUCUCGAUCAAUUGAUAUCCGGUUCAUAAACAUAG